GAGCUGGGGAGCGGACAGUCUGGGACUGAAUGGGCGCUAGCGCGGCGCAGGGGGCGGGCCGGGGCGUCGGGCCCAGGACUGGUGGCAGGCUGGCGCCCGCUCCCUAAUAUGCGGACGAAGGCGGAGGGCGGCGUGGAGCGGCGUCCCCUGCAGCCGCGGACCAAGGCGGCGGUGGCGGCGGCGGCACCUGCCGGUCGAGCAAUGCCAAGCGAGUACAACCGCGUGAAGCUGAAAAGCGAUUGCUCUCGGCCCUCCCUGCAAUGGUACACCCGUGCUCAGAACAAGAUGAGAAGACCCAGCUUAUUGUUAAAAGACAUCCUCAAGUGUACAUUGCUUGUGUUUGGAGUGUGGAUCCUUUAUAUCCUCAAGUUAAAUUAUACUACUGAAGAAUGUGACACGAAAAAAAUGCAUUAUGUGGACCCCAACCGCAUAAAGAGAGCCCAGCAAUAUGCCCAGCAAGUCCUGCAGAAGGAAUGCCGGCCCCAGUUUGCCAAGAGGUCGAUGGGGCAGCUCUUCAGGCACAGGUACAGCUCGGACCUGCCACCUUUCGUGACGAAGGCCCCCGCAGGGAGCGAGGCCGAGUACAAGUACGACCCUCCUUUCGGAUUCCGCAAGUUCUCCGAGAAAGUCCAGACCCUCUUGGAACUCUUGCCCGAGCAUGACUUUCCUGCACACUUGAAAGCCAAGAGCUGCAGGCGUUGUGUGGUCAUUGGAAGUGGUGGAAUCCUCCACGGACUAGAGCUGGGCCAGGCCCUGAACCAGUUCGAUGUUGUGAUAAGGUUAAACAGUGCACCGGUUGAAGGAUAUUCAGAGCAUGUUGGAAAUAAAACUACUAUAAGGAUGACUUAUCCAGAGGGUGCGCCACUGUCUGACCUUGAAUAUUAUUCCAAUGACUUGUUUGUUGCUGUUUUAUUUAAGAGUGUUGACUUCAACUGGCUUCAGGCGAUGGUCAAAAAUGAAACCCUGCCGUUUUGGGUGCGACUCUUCUUUUGGAAGCAGGUGGCGGAAAAAAUCCCACUACAGCCAAAACAGUUCAGGAUUUUGAAUCCAGUUAUUAUCAAAGAGACUGCCUUUGACAUCCUUCAAUACUCAGAGCCUCAGUCAAGGUUCUGGGGCCGAGAUAAGAACGUCCCCACGAUUGGUGUCAUUGCCGUUGUCUUAGCCACGCACCUGUGCGAUGAAGUCAGUUUGGCGGGCUUUGGCUAUGACCUCAGCCAACCCAGAACACCUUUGCACUACUUUGACAAUCUCUGUAUGGCUGCCAUGAACUUUCAGACCAUGCACAAUGUGACCACAGAGACCGGGUUCCUCCUGAAGCUGGUCAGAGAGGGCGUGGUGAGGGAUCUCAGCGGAGGCAUCCAUUGUGAAUUCUGAACCCAGAAAACCUCACUUGAAAAUGCAGUUCUGACCCGGAGGGCUGUUUUUCACAGCCUUCUUGACGCGUCCUGCAAGAACUUUGAAGUGCAGCUGGUGUUUUUUCACUUUUAAUUUAAAAAACAAAAACAAUACAAAAAGUUCCGCUCUUCCCACUUUUUUCCCCUAUUUAUUUGAAGCCAGUGUUUUUGCACAAAAUUUUGUAAGUUAAUUUUGAGAAUGGGAAAGACUUUCCAAAGAGAAUUGUAUGUAAUGAUGUUUUAUUGUAUUUUAAGAAAGUUAUUUAAUUUGUAAAAACUCUGUUCAUGUCUACUGCACAUAGAAUCCCAGGUCAUUAAGUGGAAGAAGGGAGGCGACUCCUUUGAUGACAGCCCUGAAUGCCUGAUUCUGGUCCUCUGUUAGUCUGUUUGGUGGGACAGAUGUCGGAAGCACUUCCAGGGUGACGUGCUGGGUAGCUAAACCACUGGGACUGGUUGGGCCAUGCUGCUGCAGGAGGCCUGGGCCGGUCGGAGAAGUUCACCGUCCCUCUCCAUUGAUCUGCCUUCUGCAGGAAGACCUGUAGGCAUCAAGCAGGGUGGCUGUCCUGCAGGUCCCAGGUCAAGGAGGGACACAGAGACAUUUUCUGUGUCCUCCGAGUACCGCAAAGCUGCCCCAGGCGGUAGAAGCCACGGUCUUCCCCGCAAUUAGGACAACUCUUGGAUUUCUUGAGAGUUUUUAACUGCCCUUCCAAACACUUAAACGUUAAUCCAGAUUAUUCCACUGUCUGUCUGAGGUGGCUUAUAAAAAUGAGGACAAAACCUGUGUUCUCCAGAGCCGUAGAGGAAUAAACUCUUUCCAGGAAUAGUCAUGUUUUCUGAAACACUGAAAUGAAGUCCUCCCAGUGUUAUAAAUUGCCUAUUUAAGAAAAAACGUUUUUUUUGAAUGCCUCCUUGGCAGUGUGUACCAGGCAGUGUGCUGGUCAAAAAAAAAAAAAAAAAAAAGAAUAAAAGCUUUUGAGGAACUCUUACAGUCUAGUUAAUUUGAGUGUUUUUUUUUUCCCCCCCCAGAAAAUAAGUUUAUAAGUCUAGCUAAAAUGUCCUUCUUGGACGCCACUGCUCGGCAGGGCCUCGUUGCAGAUGCCUGUGAGGCGGGCUGGAGGAUGAAGGGGUCUCCUCCGCUGGCCACUGCUGCCGCCCCUCCCCCAAUUCUAUUUCUCCCACAGCCCCGGUGCAGCUCUGACUCCCAGGCCAGGCCGACGGCUCCCACAUCUGCCAGCUCCUCGGCAUAUGCGGGGCAAGGAGGCAGGUCAUAGCUCUGAAUGAGUCCCUUGGAUCUCCAGGGUUCUGGGGUCAAGCUCAGAGCAACCUGCGUAGCAAAAUAGGAUUUCUCUGGUUUUAUGUCUUUUCUUAAGAUUUUCUAUGGAUGUUGCUUUCUACUCUGUAAGACACCGUUUAGGAAGAAAUGCUUUAAAAUUCCUACCUGUUAAAUGGUGAGACUUAGCUCUGAAUAUUGAGACUCAGGAAAAUGGUCCACAGCUGUCCUGUGUUUCAGGUGGGACCAGGCCUGCACCACACACCUCCACCCCCUCAUCCCUCAGGGGCUACUUAGAGAAGCCCAGAUGCUUAUUAAAGAAGACAAGAAGCAGCCAGGGUCUAACACUUGGAAAGCUUUCCCAGUGCAACCCCUCACGGGUGCACCUGGUCUCGUUUCCCCUGCCUUGCACAGCUGCUGGGAAGUAGCCAGUCCAGCACUUUCUCAGCUUUCAACAAAUACCAGACAUGGCCUCAUCCCUCCCCUCCUCCUCCUCUGUGUGUCUUUUUUUUUUUUUUUCAUUUUUACGUUGCUUUGCCCAUGCCUCUCAACGUUUAAUUACUGGCAGGCAGUAAGUGCCCUAAGUGAAUAAAAAGGCGUAUCUUUUUCAAAGACCUUUCAUGGUGUCCACCAGUCAGAGUUGACCAGAGACCAUCUUUGAGAACUUUAAGCACUUCGGCAGUUUUCAUUAGAAGUUACUUCUUUGCUUCAGGGCUGUGUCUCCACCUGCUUUUCUGGGAACAGACCUCCAGGUGCCCCAGGGUGUCACAAGGUCGGUCUCCAGUAACUGAGUUUCCUCCAUCACGCUUCCAACUUUGUGCAGCCUUGUAGGCACACAUGCUCUUACGUGGAUGGAAUCAUUGGUUUUGAGGCAACUUAGGAUGACGUCCACGUGUUCUGUACUUUAACAUACUUCUCACUAGAACUUUGAGCCACAGAAAAUUUCAGUGAGUUUUAGUUUUUUGUUUUUUUCCUACAGAGAGCUUAUUCUCUCCAGAAACCUAGGCUGGCCGUAGAAGAAUGUUUUGGGGACCAGGAUGAGUAUCUCCUGAUGACGUGUGUCGUGUUUCUAGGCAAAGCUAAAUUGGGAUCUUCUGAACAACUUCAUUUUUCUAGGUGUUACCUUGCCUUCUUCACUGAUACUUUUGUGUCACGGUGGUGUUGUUUUUUUAAAAUUUUCCAACAAUGUACUAAUAAGGCAUUGGCCAUGUCUAUUCUCACAAAUUUGGGGGCGGGGGCGGGUCUCAUCAUCUGUGGACCCAUUAGUUAAAAUGAGUUGUCAAGCCCACUGUUUGGACUGUUCCUGUUGAGCUAUGACCUCUUGACCGGCAACGGUCAGUCUGGUUUGUGUGCAGACAUGGGCUGAUUGUAAAAGAAAACAAGCAGUAGUCACACCCUAGUCUCCCCAGGGUAUUAAAGAUUUCUGAAACCAAGGACCUCUUUAUUUUAACUACAUUCUAACUCCAGUGCUUUGGGACUUGAUAUCAAAGGGAUUGUUACAUGUGCCUUAUUUCUGUCUUAGGAGAAACUUUUAGACCAGCAUCAUAGGAAGAUUUUGAAAUGGGAUCUAUUCUCCUUGGCAGGUUUACGGCAUCCAAGUGUGGGUUAUUUUUUCUUCCUUUCUUUGGUGCACUUCAGUCAAGUCCAUUGAGAAAGAAGGAAAGGACUAGUUCUGUGAUUUAGCAGAAUUCCCCUUAGAAUGAAGUGAGCUUUUAGAACGCGUGUGUAGCAAGCAGGAACUGUGCGACGCUGGGCCUGCCCUUCCCUGGAGGACCAGGCACCCUGGCCCAAACUUCUGUCUUUUUCUCUCCUUUCUUACAUCCCAAUGCCAUUUUAGCCUGUUUUUGUGUUCACAGAACAAGGUGUUUAUCUGUAUUUACCUACAACCGACACAACAUAAAACUGAAGUAAAUUGAGGAGAACCAUUCAUUCAUACGCACAUUCAAAUUUUGACAAGAAAGUAGUGUUCCGCAAAAGGAAACCGCAGUCUUUGUAGCUGGACUUUCAUUAUCCAAAUGAUUCGAUUUGGCUAGUUCCCAGUAUUAAAUUCCAACCCAUUCCACAGACAGGAAAAGUAGCCACUCAGCGGGGCUGUGGUGAAAUGAGAAUAAAUUACAUGCUGUGAAAUUUAGUUAUGACUUUUUUAAAAGCAGAUUUUUCCAAUGAGCUGUGUCAAUAAGACAUGCCGGAAGAAUGACAGGUUUAUAAGUUUCCUUCUGUCUGGCAGAAGUGAGAUGUCAAGUUUUGCUCUGGUGUCAGGCAGCCAUCCAAGACUGGACAGGUGUAGCCAUUACAGCCUUUGUGUAGCUGGAAAUAUUAAGAAAGUGAACUUUCAGAAAAUGUACAAUAAGAAACUGACUAUUCAGUAGACAUGUCAUAACAGCAAUAACUGUUUGUACGCUAAAAACUUGUAACUUCUAAAGGAGCAAUGUAUUUCCACCCUGUUCUCUGUUACCUGGCUUAUAUUUUUUUGAUUUAUCGAAGAAAAUCAGUUUCAAGAAAAAAACGACGUUAAAGACAAUGAUGGAAUUCCCUGGCGGUCCAGUGGUUGGGACUCCGCGCUUUCACUCCUGAGGGCGCAGGUUCAAUCCCUGGUGGGGGAACUAAGAUUCCACAAGUCACACAGUGUGGCCAACAGAUAAAUAAAUAAAUAAAUAAUAAAAU